AUGGCACGUCGGCUCCGCUUGCAUUUUGCGUCAAGGAGAAGCAACACGGACCCUCUGUCAGAAAGCCUCCGCAGCCAUGGUGAGGAAAGUGGAGUCGGUGCGUCAGCUCAUAGCCCCUCGGAGAGUCUGGCGCACAGUUCUGUUCGCUUGAAGGUGACUCCUCUGUCACCAGACUAUGCUAAUAAUCAAUGCUCUUCAGUGUUCAUACCCAGGGUUAACACCGGAGGAAGUAAUAAGAAGAAAAUUCUACAGAUUUCACUCCAGCCCUGUGGAAAACUCAGUGGAGAGCUGGAUGGCAGCAUAGAGGAUGGAGAACCGGGAGUUGGUGAAGGAGGAGGAGCAAGUACAGGCUCUGACGGGGGCUCUUGCAGCAGCAGCAUGGCCAGCGAUGCUGGCUACUGCAGCAGUAACAGCAUCUUUGAGCCAGAGGCACCAGAAAAGCAUAGGACCACCCAAGAGAGGAGUCUACACUACUGCAAGUCCAAAGUUCCCCUGAGACGGUGCUCCUCCUUGGUUAUAUUUCCAAAGAGCCCCUGCAGCACCCCACCUGCUUCCCCAGUAAGUCCAGUGGCUCUUCCUGCUCUCCCAGUAGUGAAGGGGUGUAAUCAGUCAUCUUUUCAGACAUCUGGUAAUGAGUACUCACAGGCAGAUGAGGAAGUGAUUUGCAAAGGGUCCACCAACAUGGCAGUAACUGGUCAUCGCUUUCCAAAAGGAAGCUGUUCGGCUGAGUUCAGGGACAUGAAACACAUGGUACAGUUUAGUAUUCCUUUACAGGAUGAACCAAUAUGCAAAACAGAGGACAGCAGUAAAAUGAUGGAACCAUCAGCGGCUCUAGACAAAUCAAAUCGUCACUCCAGCAGCCUGUUGCUGCACUUUGCCCACCAGAAACCAAUUCUAUCAGGGAAGGGAGCCACAACAACAGCUACAGUCAAUGUGGAAUACCCGGAGGCUCAUUACCCAGCCCAGAACCCAGAGGAUGAGCGGAACUGCCACAAGAAACUUUAUCGUAGUACCUCUGCUUGUUUGUUCUCCUCAGCUAAACCUUCUGAGAAAAAUUACAAGUUCUGUUCAUCAGGAAAAGGCCAUCAAGAAAAACACUGUCAUCACGCCCUACAGAGGAGCUUUUCCCUCGAGGUGCCUUACCCUAACACUGGAAUUUCAUGUCACGUCUCAAAUCCCAAACUCAGCGGCCCCUGCUCUCCACAUGUACACAUUCAUUUGUCUCCUUGUUGCCCAGCUAAGUUGCCUAGCUCUCUUACUGAUGUUAACACAGGCAACAAGUGGAAUAGUACACCCACAAGCUCAGACCAAUACACCAAGGUAAGUUUCUUAAGUGGAAUUAACUGAUGCUCCCAGGGUAUCAGGAAAGAAUGCCUUAUACUCUGUGGUGGAAAAAAUAAGUUGAGCUCUGAAACCAAACUGAUUCUCUGAUGAUUUAUUGAAAGUAAAGAAUUAACCUUUGCAAAGGGAUCAGUACAGCACGAACAGCCU